AUGGCUGCGUUGCGAGCCGAUGAUCCUCAAGAAGGGGCGAACGUUCAAGAGCUAGCACCUGUGGAUCGCGGAAUACAAGCAUGGACGUUCUGUGGCGCAGGAUUUGUGCUGGAGAUGAUGGUGUGGGGAUUCGGUUUCAGUUACGGAAUAUUCCAAGAAUAUUACACUUCGAACCCGCCAUUCAAUAAGGAAUCGCCUGUGGCGAUCGCUGCGGUUGGCACCGUUUGCCUUGCCAUCGAGUAUGGGGAGAUUUUCUUCCUAUACUUUUUGCUACGCAAAUACCCGGACUACGUACGGCUAUCUAUGUGGUGCGGGUUGGCGAUCUACUCAGUCUCGCUCUUUACAUCUAGUUUUGCCACGCGAGUGUGGCAACUGAUAUUGCUCCAAGGUAUUGGCGUGGGCGUCGGAGGCGGAGUUAUGUACAUGCCCAUCAUCUACCUUCUUCCUCAGUGGUUUUCGGAGCGUCGCGGACUCGCUGGGGGCAUCAUAUACUCUGGGAUCGGUGUUGGAGGUUUCGUCUUUCCGUUGAUCCUCAACGGCCUACUGAGCAAACUGGGGCUCUCUUGGACCCUUCGCAUAUGGGCAAUCGGGUCUUCGAUCUGUUCUGCUGUUGCAUUGUUGGGCAUGAGGCCGAGAUUGCCGGUCCCUAAGUUCAACGCUAGCAGCCGUCGGCCGAAACUGAUCCCGAACAGAUUGGAUUUUUUCAAGACGUCGCUCUUUUGGAGCUUCGCGAUCACGACUCUUCUCCAAGGUCUCGCACACUUCCCCGUGUCGCUUUACAUCGCUACGUUCGCCCGCGCCCUCUCUGACCAACUCACAUCGACGGUCAUCCUCUCGCUGUUCAACGCAUCUGCGUUCCUAGGCCAGAUCGUCAUCGGAUAUCUAACCGAUCGUAUACCAUAUCCUUCUAUCAUGGUCUUCAGCGCGCUCGGAAGUAGCCUUGGUGCCUUCCUCUUGUGGGGACUCGCAGAUAGGGUCAUCUACCUUUACUUCUUCGCUAUAGUCUUUGGAAGUCUGAGUGGCGGCUUCACAUCGACAUGGACUAAUGCGUCGUAUGAGUGCGCGGGGAGUUCGCUCGAGUUCUCGGGGAUGGUGUUCUCGAGCAUGACUCUCGCGCGCAGUGUGUCGGCUGUCGUUGGGCCGAUCAUCUCUGGAGUGCUCCUCGAGGCUGGCGCGGACACUUCGAUGGGAAAUAGGUUCGGCAAGUUCGGGUAUGGGGCGAUAGAGAUAUUCGUAGGGUCGUGCGCGUUGGCCACGGGGGUGGGAAGCGUCGCGGUCGCAAUCGCGCGGCAGCGAGUUGCGGUCGCGCGGGUGUCCUCGUGA